UUUUUUUUCCUUUUCUUCUUUUUCUUUCCCUUUCAAUUGAUUCAAUUGUUACUUUUUGCUUACUGAUUUUCUUUUAUUGCUCUUCCCGUUUCUUCAUUUUAUUUGCGCUACUUCUCUUUUUCGAUCGUUUCUGUGUUCUGUUCAAUGGCUAAAGAAGACGAUGUCACCAACUUUGUCAUCGGCAUCUUUGUCUCACUAGCUGCUUCAUUUAUGGACGCCUUGGGUCUGAACAUCUUGAAACUGGAUCAUGUCAGGGCAGAGAUGAAAGAAGCCCAUGAAAAAAGAGGCGACUGUGGCCGUCCGUUGUGGCAUAUCGGCCUUUAUACUUAUAUUGCAAGUCAGCUUAUUGGUAGCACCAUCGCUCUCAAUUAUCUCAAAACACAGUGGGUCGCCCCUCUCGGUAGUGUCGCUCUCAUCUACAAUUUCAUCUUUGCCAAAAUCCUCGUCGGUACCAAAAUCACACGCAAAGAUGUCUUGGGAACCUUUGUCGUGAUAGCCUCAGUGAUUUGGAUUGUGGUAUUUGGUGGCAUGUACAAUGGAGACGAUCCUGAAGAAUCCAUUUCGCUGGAAAAUCUAAAAACGCUAUUUGUUCGACCUAUUUUUAUCAUUUAUUUCAGUGCGCUAAACAUCAUCACACUCUCUGGUAUGGCUUUUGCGGUUUGGUCUCGUUGGGCACUGGCGGACGAUGCGAGGAAACGACGCAAUCAGUUGUUCUCGUCCAUGAAACCCAAAAAAAUGCGGCGUCUCAUUGGUCUAUUGUUCAGUUUGGUCGGUGGAAUGCUGGCCAGUGAGACCUUACUGCUAGCCAAAAGCGGAGUCAAGCUGUUCACAUUGUCUGUCAGUUCGCAAGUCAAUCAAUUCACCGACAACACGAGCCGAUUUAUUCUUUUAGCGUUACUCUUGACUGCUAUUAUGCAGGUUUACUGUCUCAAUUCGGCACUGAAAUUGUACAAUUCUGUGGUCGUGGUUCCUGUAUUCUAUGGCACUUACACAGCGCUCGGACUUGUCAACACCAUUAUUUAUCUGGAUGAAAUUGGCAAUUACCCAGGCUGGGCCAUUGCCUUGGUAUUUGGCGGCAUUGGCGCUUUGAUCUAUGGGGUCUUUUUGCUCAGUUCGAAACCGGAUCUGUCGCAUCCUAUCGAUAAUGAAGAAGAAAUCACUCCAGAUCAGGAAAUGAAUAUCCUCAACCUUGAUUCCUCCAGCUGGCCUACCGCCAAAGAAGAAAAAGAAGCCGCUAGUGCAAGGUUACCCGGCAGUCUGGGUGAAGCGAGCGGAAGUCACCAGCAACUCGUACCGCCUACGACCGAUCGCGAUUUCAAAACCAACUCUCACUUACAACCGACCAGUCGAGUGCACCGCUGGUUAGCGCGUAUACGCCACGUUGCUGAUCGACGAUCCAUAGAUCAUUCCAAUGAUACCUUUAUUGGGUUACAGACCAAUCAAGUGAUCAAUGUCACUAUCCCAGUUCCCUCCCAAAUCGAUGCACGGAACAUCACAAGCGAUGCGACCAUUCACCAACAAGAAGAAAUAUUAAGGCAUCGCCACUCAUGUCAACCGUCUUCACGAACCUCCGAUUCCAACCUUCAACUGCACGACGGUUCUCCGCUUGCCUCCUCCACACCCGAUAGCGCCAAGGUGAAGCCUUGAUUGUCCCCGUUUCUUCAAAAUCACAACACCCAAUCAUGAUGUCUAUUCUCCUCUUUUUCGUUACACAUAUUCAUGUCAAACCAUAUAAAAAACC